AUGUUAUCUUUACUUUCUAGUAGUCCGUUACCUGGCGCACUAUGUGCAGUACUAUCAUGCGGAUUCUUUUUCCAGUUCGCCGACGGCCAAGCGCCGCCGAAUCCCUAUCCCCAGGGACAAGUGUCCAGCUCUAAUCCGCUCGAGGUAGAUUUAGGAUAUGCCACCUACCUUGGAGUGGCCAAUGAGCUGAACGAAUGGUUUGGGAAAGUUUCCUCUUCAUCGGUUUGGGAAAUCCGGUACGCAGAGGCGCCUAUUGGGCCCUUGAGAUGGCAGCGCCCCGAAGCACCCAACUUGACAAGCAAUGGGACAGUCAUCAACGCCAGUACGUCUGCCGUGGCCUGUCCUCAAGCGCCGAAUCAUGUUUCACCACCAUCGCCGUUUGCCCCUUCGUCCGGAGAAAGCGAAGACUGCCUGUUUUUGAACGUGUGGGCUCCGCCAAAUGCAGAGAACCUGCCCGUUUUUGUGUGGAUCCAUGGCGGAGGCUAUGGCAGCGGCUCUGCCACCUGCGACAUGGACUUUUUCAUCAACAGCUCGAAAGAACCUUUCAUCGGUGUGGCUAUUCAGUACCGACUUGCUGCCUUUGGUUUUCUAUCCUCGGACGAUGUUCACAAUUUCGGAACUCCGAAUGCAGGACUCUUCGACCAAUACCUCGCCUUGCAGUGGGUGCAGAACUAUAUCAGUCUUUUCGGUGGUGACCCGACCAACGUUACCAUUGCCGGUGAAUCUGCCGGUGCUGGUUCGGUCAUGAUGCAAGCCAUGGCUUUCGGAGGUUCAGUAGGAGAUACCCUAUACAAUCAGAUCUGGGCUGCCAGCCCGUAUCUCCCUCAACAAUACAACUACAGCGACUCUGUCCCCACGCAGGGAUAUUAUGACUUUGCCGAGGCUGCUGGUUGCUAUGAUAGCGCCAAUCCAAACGCAACAGAGCAUGUUUUCCAGUGUCUCGUGAACCAGGAUACGAAAAUCCUCCAAAAUGCAUCGUAUACGUGUACAGUGGACUAUAAAUUUGGUCAAUGGGCGUAUCUGCCCGUGACGGAUGGGGUUAUGAUACAAGAUCGGCCUAGUGAUCAACUCCCAGCCGGACGAGUUAAUGGGAAGACAGCUCUCAUCGGCACUAAUGCCGAUGAAGGCGAAAUGUUUGUGCCGCAGAAUGUUACGACAGAGGAAAGCUUUGUUGAAUUUGUUCAGUGGAUGUUUCCGUACUUUACGGACAGUGACAUUCAGACAGUUCUCGAAUAUUAUCCUAUAACUACUGCUCAAGCGCAGAACACGGUCAGGUUUGCGACAGAUGGGGUAGAUCCCAACACAACAGCUGUGACUGAAGGCCCCUUUGCAACGGGGCAACAGCAGCGUGCCAAUAACCUAUAUGCAGAGACGACAUUUGUCUGUCCCGCGCAGUGGAUGGCCGAGGGGUUCAACACCGAAAACCAUGAAGCCUAUAAAUAUCAAUACUCCAUCCUCACGUCUCUACACGGAGACGAUCUAUUCGCCUACUUCACUGCUGGAGCAGUGCCCGUCAACAUGGGACAGAGUUUCCGUGACGCUAUGAUAUCAUUUUUAAACAGCUUCAUCGUUAGCGGGACGCCCAACACAGCAUCCGUAUAUAACACGACUGUCCCCGCCGACACAGCCAGUUUCAUGGCCUCUUGGCCGGCAUAUGAUACGCAGAAUCAGACGCAAGCGAACUUAAAUCAUACGGGAGGCACUUUGACGACGAUUACAGACCCGAGAGAUCCGUUUCACUACCCAGUGAAUAUGUAUGUCAACCCGGGGCUGGAGGCGGCUUUUAACUUGGUCAAUGCGUAUACUUGGGAAGGGGGCAGGGGCCAGCGAUGUGACUUUUGGAAGGGUGUUGGAACGAGGGUUCCUGAGAAGCGAUGA